AGAUAAGUACAAACAUUACUUUCCCAUUCGAGUACUCGAAGGAAAAUAAAGCAUGCGAGUACAUGAACAGUACAAAAUGUUCAAAUGCCCAUCCCUAAUUCUCUGCAGCCUUUGUAGAGAGCAUAUGGUAAUUUCUCAUUCAAAUCUCCUUUUCACAUAACGCCUAUUGUGAAGCAUUAGCACUGGGGUGACCUUGACUUCUUCUCCCGUGUGCCGCACUAGGUUUGUUUUUGUAAUGCGUUGAUAUUUAUACUCGUAUUGAGUAGCUCGAAACUGAUCUCCCCGCUCUUAGGCCCACUUACCUCCGGCUCUCUUUGACUGUUAGUCAGUGUUGGUGUGAGCUACUGUACACUAUAAUGGCCUGGCCCUUAUUUACCCAGCCUUAACAAAGAGCCCGGACAGGGGCCUGCCCGCUUGUCCCAACACAGUAGCCAUAGUGGCUGGGAUCAAAAUGCUCAGAGGGGGUGGGACAGGGAAGGGGAUUACAGCCCUCGUUGUUUUUACAGCCCUCCUUUUUUUUUCUCUCUCUCUCUCUCCCUGCGAAAUAAUUAUUAACGUAGCCUUCUGGUUGUGACCGUUUUUCACCUGUAGUCCAAAAGGUGAAGGACAUCAGGUUAUCCACUUCACCAUGCCACUUUCUCGUCUGUUCUUAUCUUCUUGGGAAUCUCCGUGUUCAGUUUUAUAGAGCUUACGCAAGUAGCUUUAAAAGUAUAGCUUUCUUGUAUAUCCUAGUGUUUUCAUUAUUGUAGAGGUUAGUUGAGCCUGAACUCUGCAAUGGUAUACAGACCAUCUACCUCUGAAACUGACCUCCUGCCUCCUCAAUUUUCUGCCGCUUGUUACACUGUCUGCCAAUGAAGGAUGAUCCCAACUAACUGAAAUGCCUGGCAACUGUAACUAAGGGGCAGGCAUGGCUGGGCUUGGUCAUUGGUCGGAGCAAUGGACUGGGGGCAGAGAGUCAGAGGGAAAGCCAUAUUGGGGGAGGGAGCUAGUUAAUAGAAAAUGGACUGAUAGAUUAGCCUAGUGAUUUCAGAUUAGUAAACUGUCCAAAUGUAGCUCUAAAAACAAGAGGAGAGACAUUAGAGGAGCGAAAGAGAGUAUUGUGGCUGGGUUGGGAAAGGACCUCAGGUGCAGCCCAAAUGAGAGGGGGUAGAGAGAGGGAGAGAUCGGGUGUAUCAGAGGGAGGGGUAGAGCGCGGUUCAGAGGGAACGGGAGAGAGUGAGAGCGAGCAUGUGUGUGUGUGUGCGUGCAGGGUAAAGAGAGUGAGCGGGAGAACGAGAACGAGAGCGAAGGGAAAAGGAACUGUAAGCCAGUCACAGCAUCUCUUUCCCACUGCACCAGUUGGUGAGGGACAGCUCCUCUCUCCAAAAGGUUCCUAUUUAUUUAUUUCGUGCUUCACUCCAGGACUGCUUUGCUGAAUGAAAUUGUAUUUCUGUCUCUUCGGUUAUUCGUUUGGCGAAAGCUGAGUUCGGCUGGGGAAAUGGAAAUUAGAGGAGACGCACACAGAGGACAGCAUUGAAACUGGAACUCUCUGUACUGGCGGAGUCGUUUCUCUUUUGCUGUGGCUUGGUUUUUGUAACAAGGAGCAGACGUACUGAGUGGAAGAAAGAGUCAAAAGUCCAGACAGCUGUGCCUCCCCUGAAAAACACCUCCAAAAAACGUAUUUGAAUGGAACGGGCAUGUAUAUGUACUAAUAAUAUCAAUAAUGGAAACAUGCGCUUAAGAGGCGAGGCUGACGUAAAGAGCUUUCACCCUAGGCUGUAAACAAGCGGAAUGCAGAUUGAUCCCACAUCCAUCUCAGCCGGCGCCCUGAACAGAAUUUCCAAGGAGACACAGUCCGAGGAGCUCUGAGACACCCAGAUGUCUUCUACCGGCUCCAGUAUCUAUUGAUCCGAUUGUGUGAGACUCCUGACAACUCCUACAUUCUUUGCCUGAAAGAUCCUCUUUUGCAACCAGCUUUUGCCUCUCAUAACCUGGAGAACGAAAGUUUCAGAAAAGUGCGUGGAUUGGGAUUCCAGAGACCAAAGCCAGAUUUGUGGCUACACACACACAGAACAGGAUCCAGAUUAUUCUGCGCCUCCUUUGGCUUCUCUCUGAUUGGGGAACAUUGUAAAACAUAAUUCCCCCAGCGCUCUGUGGAACGAGAGCUGUAAUAUUAACCACCGCAGAGAGCCCUGUGUUUGUCUAGCGUGUCUGUGUUUUGAUUCGGACAAUAGCGGGGCGUACAUGGGGUCCAGACACUGACCACGGGACCACUCACUACCCCAAAAUAAGAGGAUGUGCAUACUACAAGACUGAGAAACAAUUGCGGCUUGUCUAACAGCAUUUUUGGAACUUUAGAGAGGACUUGAGGUAUGAACCAAACACAAUGGCUAACGGGGAUGUAAUUACUCGUAUGAAUUUGGGGUUUUCCCAGUGGAUCUUUCUCUGACAGUAAACAAGCUAUCUGAAAGUCGAAAUUAUACCGACACGCUAAAUGUUUUAAUACUAUUUUCUCUUAUCUAUAGUCUCAAAAUAGGAGUCACAUGCUCCCUGUCUUAUUUAAUCUGCAGUAGGAUCUGCACCAGCGCGCCCUGCCUGCCUGCCUCAUGUUUCUCCCCCACAUGCCGACUACCCUGCACCUCCUGUGCUUUUUGCCCUUGUGAGGACAACACCUGCUCUCCGUCCCCAGUCUCCCAGUGGCAGCCCUCUUAUGAAUCAGGAGAUGUGGCCGCAGACUGUCAGGGAGAGCAAUGGGGAUCCCUGCCGCCGGGAUAAAUGCCUGGCAUAGCACCGGUAGACCUUUUUCUGUUUUUGGAGGGAAUAUCUUUCUUCUUUCGACAAUUACCCCACUGCCUCUAAGCAUGACUGAUCGAAAAAGUAGAGCCAAGUUGGCAGUCCUGCUUUCCUAUGGGCUGUAUUGAUUUUCGUCAGUCAGUGUUCAUUUGAUUGAGACCCAGCUAUGUGAGAGCCGAGGUGAAAGAGCGAGAGAGGCUAGAACUCCCAUUUGCUGAGGGAGGCUACAGGCAGACAGGUCUUCAGUUACAGUCCAUCUGCAUCGUGGUUGGCACAGCACAAACCUGACCCACCUGGACCACGCCCAGAACAAUGAACCAGUCAACAUUGACGACAGACCUGGUUCCCACUGCCAACAGCAGCCUGGUGGGCCCAGACCCCAACCACUCCUGUCCCCUGGGCUGGGGCCAGAACGAGGGCCUGGAGGCCUGUGUCUUGGAGACUGCGGUCAUCGUUCUGCUCACGGUGCUCAUCAUUGGCGGGAACCUGACGGUGAUCUUCGUGUUCCACUGCGCCCCCCUGCUGCACCACUAUACCACCAGCUAUUUCAUCCAGACUAUGGCCUACGCCGACCUGCUGGUGGGCCUCAGCUGCCUGGUGCCCACCCUGUCCCUGCUGCACUACCCGGCCAGCGUCCAGGAGCCCAUCACCUGCCAGGUCUUCAGCUACGUCAUCUCGGUGCUCAAGAGCGUCUCAAUGGCCUGUCUGGCCUGCAUCAGCGUGGAUCGCUACCUGGCAAUCACCAAACCCCUGUCCUACAACCAGCUGGUGACGCCGUGCCGGCUCCGCGGUUGCAUCGCCCUCAUCUGGGUCUACUCCAGCCUGGUCUUUCUGCCCUCUUUCUUUGGCUGGGGCAAGCCGGGUUACCACGGGGACAUCUUUGAGUGGUGCGCCCACUCCUGGCCCACCUCGGCGCUCUUCACAGGCUUUGUGGUAUGCCUACUGUACGCGCCCGCGGCCCUGGUAGUCUGCUUCACCUACUUCCACAUCUUCCGCAUCUGCCAGCAGCACAACCGGGAGAUCAGUGAGAGGCGAGCACGCUUCCCCAGCCAGGAGAUGGAGGCUGGGGAGGGUGGUGGCAGUGGCAGCGGCGGGGGGCACCACGCGGGUCAAGGGCCUGACAGGCGCUACGCCAUGGUGCUAUUCCGCAUCACCAGCGUCUUCUACAUGCUUUGGCUGCCCUACAUAAUCUAUUUCCUGUUGGAGAGCUCCCACGUGCUGGACAGUCCCGCCCUGUCCUUUGUAACAACCUGGUUGGCCAUCAGCAACAGCUUCUGCAACUGCGUCAUCUACAGCCUGUCCAACAGUGUGUUCCGCCUGGGCAUGCGCCGCCUCUCGCAGACACUCUGCUCCUUCAGCCACUGUGCAGCCGACGACAGGGACUUUGGCGAACCCAAGCCCAGGAAGAGGCCAAAGUCCUGCUCCAUCUGAGGCUUUGGAGGAUAUUGUUAGAAAAGCAGCGAAUUUCAAAGGUUACAUCUUUACAAAGCUGCUGAACAUUUAUUUGACAGGGCUGUCCCAAAGAGAGAGAAUUUAGGCUCAGACGGUUUGUUUUGAAGGAUACCAAUGACUUUUGCCACAGUCAUGCCAAGCCAUGAUUUACAGGCAAUCGUUAGAUUGCUGAGAGAGGCUACGUUGUUUUAAAGGUUUACUUUCUGAACAACUAAAUGGAUGAGAGAUUGGUACUACAUUUUGACUUUAAACCUGUGUAGUGGAGUUUAGCUGGUAACCUACUGUAUGUGCAUCCUUAUGUAAAACCUAAUUUGACCAUGGUUCUCAGGCUUUGAUGUUACAUUUUUUUGUUCCUCGACAGUCGGGUAAAGUGCUUAUAAAAAUACAAAGUUAGAGGUCCUCAAAAUGGAUAAGCACUUUCCUCAAACAUUGAUGGUGACCUCAUGAUUUAAGCAUCUCUGAUUUCAAGGUAAUGUGGACUAAAGUGUAAUGAAUUUAAAUACCAAUAUUGGACUGCUACUAUAGGUCUGUGUUCUUGGUGGGCACUCAAAGGCUGAAUUAGCAUAGACAACAUCAACAUGUAAUCCUCAUUUGCAUACACUCCCUUUUUAGGAGUUAGUUGACAUGGGGUAUGUGUGUGCAAAUGGCUGACUAUUCACUUACUGUACAUGCUCCUGGACAAUGGUGUAAAUAACAGCAGAUGGGCUAGUGGCCUUGACCUGUUAUGACAAACAAAAGUUUUGCGGUGUUUGCAGGUCUGUUAGCAAGCAGUCCGAGUGUUCAAAGACUUUCGGUCAGUCCUAAACAGAGAGAUGGGGCACUCAAUUUGAUGAGUUACUCAAUCUCCUAAAAAAUAUAUUAAAAAAAAACCACACACACUAAUGAUUUAGUUUUAUUAGAUAUUUCUAUAUUUUCACGUGUACUAUUUCUUUAAAAAAAAAAUCUUUGUCAAUGCUUUCCUAUACAGUAGCUGUUUAGGAAGCAGAUCGAGGGAUUGGUUCUGUCCACUAAUGCAUACAUCUCUCUCUUAAUCUUUGGUUGAGUUCAGAAAAAUUUGCUUCACUCUACUUAAAGAUCGGCGUCAUAUGUAUGACUCUGUUCCCUCUGCUUUUCCACGCUAAGUGCAGAGACUGUUCCCUUUUUAGGGCCUUAUUGUACAAAAUACAGUGGGCAUGUGCAGUAAAUGCACCAUGAAGACUGCCUUUAGUUAUGUAUUAUACUGUUUGAUACAGCGCAGGUGAAGUCAUUCCAAGUUUUUCUUGUACAUUCCCAGAAUGGUCUUUUUUUAUAGAUAAUGUAGAAAAAUACAUGAAGUGCACAUUUUCAGUGAUACCCAAGACUAUUGUGAAAUCCCUCUCUAUUCUUAUGGUGUAGGCCAUUUGAAGUUAGACCUGUGUUGUCAGUGUGUAUUUGACCGUGUGGGAAAAACAAGCAACACGGCUAACUGAACCCUCGAUAUCAUGACUGUUUUUUUUGUUCAACAUUAUGCCACUUAACCUGUGUAGUCAUUCCCCGCUUUCCAUUACAGAUUAUUCUGUAUAUGUGCCUAAAGAUAUAUUUUUCUGGAAAAGAUAUCACAGAGAUUUACUUUCUGUUCAUCUAUACACAGGGACACAGUUCUGGCUGCAUGCCAUUUGCGUUUUGUAACGUGACCUUCAUUUGACUUGAGUGAAGAUCCAUCAUGCUUACAUUUGCCGAUACAGUAGGACCAUCUCGUUUCAGCACUUUUCAUGAGCUUAUGAGGAGGUCAGAAGCUUUAAUAUUUGUAGCGUGAUUCAUCAUUUUAGGGGGCAUAAUAUAAUCAUAGGGGUUCUGAAUUCUGCCUCAAAAGACUUCAAAAAAAAAAAAAGUACCCUCCCCAAUGGUUGCUUGAUGUCUGAGAUGACAUCUUCACAUUACUGUAUUUGAUUUAUUUUAUCUUGUGUGGGGUGCAUUUUUCUUAUUUUUUAUCAAAUGGACCAUAUACAGUGGGGUCUGAAAGUAUUGCCACCCUUGAUAAAGAUGAGCAAAAAAUGACUAUAGAAGGAAUAAUUCAAAUACUGAGCUAUAUUGGAUGCUCAACAACAAUGGGGAAAAUAUAUUAUUUUCUAGGACUGAGAUGUCCAUUACAAAAAGUUGAUUUAGUGGCAAAUUAUUUAUUUUUGGGGGAUUUUGAUGUGUGCUUGGGGUUAUUGUGUUGAUGGAAGAUCCGUUUGCGGCCAAGUUUCAGCCUCCUGGCAGAGGCAAUUAGGUUUUUUGCCAAAAUGUCCUGGUGCAGGAUAAAGUUCAUGAUGAUUUUGACCUUAACAAGGGCCCCAGGACCAGUGCAAACAAAAUAGACCCAUAACAUCAAAUAUCCACCACCUUAUUUUACAGUAGGUAGUGCUGAGUGAUUAGUGCUUUUUGAGGUCGGUUGUGUUCCAAUUAUUUUAAAAAGUCAUCAGUUUUCAAAUAUUUUUUUUAGACAUGCGCAAUGCAUUGUGGGUUGAAUGAUGUAACAAAGCAGAAUAAAACAAAAAGUCCCAUGAUGGUAGUGACUGCCCGUUCCUGCUUAUCACUUAUUAACCAUUUUAUUCAAAUUACUUUAAUAAAAUAUUUCAGUUGUGUAUAUUACAUUUGUUUUAUUUGUUGACUUUAUUAUUUCAUUCCAAGUCAUCUCAUCUCUAUAGAGCUGCUGCCUGACAAAUCACAAUUUUAGUAGUAAUUCAAAUUAAACAAGGCAUACUUUUUAUGACUGCUGAAUACCAACUAUCAAUCACUUAGAUCAUGUAUUUUCAGGUAGAGAUGCAUGCAUCUUUCCCUCUUGAUCGCACGUUCUGUGUUCACCCCAUCUCCGUGUCUGCUCCACAUAGACCAGACAAAUAGGCACGCACGGAAUUGAUUAUGGUCAUUGUAGUUAAUUACCACGUUUAAACUAUGUAGAAUAUUUGCCUGUUUUGAACAAAAUGGAAUUCAAAUAAUUGAACCGACGUUGGUCAAUUAGUUGUUUAGAAAACGAAAAAGAAUAAACAUUUUGGUUUAUCGUGCAGCAUAUUAUUUAUAGGGUUAUUUUCUGCUUAUGCAUUCUCAUUUCGACACCAAACCCACCAAUGGUGUCCGAGGUCAAAGAGCAAUGUUUUCAUCUGACCAAAGCACUGGUUCCAAUCCAACUGCCAAUACCAUUUAGCAAACUCCAGGUGUUUUACAUUUGUUGGAGGACAUGAAAAUAGAGCUCUUUAGCCACACACCAGUGGUGGGUUUGGCGUCUAAAUGAGAAUGCAUAAGCAGAAAAUAACCCCAUACCUACUGUAAAAUAUGGGGGUGGAUCUUUGAUGUUAUUAGGUUAUUUUGCUUCCAGUGGUCCUGGGGCCCUUGUUAAGGUCAAAGACCGGAGCCAGACAUUUGACAGCAAAUGGAUCUUCCAGCAAGAAAAUAACCACAGGCACACAUCAAAAACCACAAAGAAAUGUUUAAUUGGCCUCAAAAUCAACAUUUUGCAAUGGCCACAUGGAACGACAGAUACUCCCCCAAGAAAAUCUUAUGGAAGUUUGUUCUGAAGUGUCUGUCCUAUAUCUGAGAUUAUAUAUAUAUAUAACAUUUUUUACCUUUAUUUAA